CCCGCCGCCGCCAUUCUCCGCGCGCACACCGCGCAUGCGCCCCGAUCGCGAGUGACAAGUGACAGUUGACAGUUCAACCACAAAAUGACCGCCAAAAUUUACGUGCUAUGUGCUGUGCUGGCGGUGCUGGCGUGCGGGCUGGAGGCUCGCACAAGGCCCCGACUGCAACAGCCCGUGGACGACGCCUACGAAUAUGAACCCCAGGGGCCACAGAGAGGUGGCGGGGUUGUCCUUGUCCAGGCGGAUAAUUACGACGACCUGUACCGCGCGUCAGACCGCAUCGAUGAGGAGUACGAGCCUCGCGCACCGCAGCGGUCACCGCCACGUUACAAGCAACAGCAGCAGCAGCAGCAGCUACAAUCCGAGGGGCCCAAGCAGCCACCCGUGCAGACCAUCCGCAACUACAAUAAAGUGAAUGACGAUGGCAGCUUUACGUUCGGAUACGAAGCGGCCGAUGGCUCCUUCAAAGAGGAGACGAGAGGCACUGACUGCGUCGUCCGAGGAAAAUACGGCUACAUCGACCCUGACGGCAACAAGCGAGAGUUCACCUACGUGUCCGGCAACCCUUGCGACCCCAACAAGCCUAACGAAGAGGACGAACCAGAGUCCGCCGCUCCCGAAUCCGGCGAGAGAGACGACGGUAUCCCCAACUAUCCGACCAGGCCGCCCGUCAGGCCCACCACUGCGAGACCACCGACUACCUACUUCCAGAACGACUUCAGAGACGCCGACGAAGAGGAACCCGAAGAAGAACCUCUCCAGCAAAUCAGACCGCGAGUCGUGCAGCGCCCAGCACCCGUGAGGAGGCCAAUUUACCAACAACCGCAACAGAUUGCCAUCACUCCUCGUCCUCUACCAGUGUCCACCCCCAGGGCUCUUCCUCCAGCGACCACUUUCAGGCCACAAUUGGUGCAAGUGACUCCUAAACCUCAACCGCAGCCUCAGCCCCAACCCCAGAUUCAGUACAGCCCAGAACCAAACUAUUCGCCGUCUCCUUCUCCGGUAGCGGUGACAACUGGACGACCGGGUCAAAUAGAUUUUGCUGCCGAAUUUGCUAAAUUUCACAGGGAAAAUCAAUACCAAUCGACCACACCUUCGUCCUUGAACACACAACAGAAGACUACUAUUGCGGCUCCAGCGCCCAGCGGCAACCCUCUAUACUCGACCGAAUUAGUGUACGAUCCUUCCAGUGGACAGUACAAUACUCAACUUUACCAAACGCUUCCGCAAACAAAGGGAGAAUUGAAUCUUAAUCAAAGACUGCAACCGUUUGUCGCUCAGCGGCAACCUCAGGCUCAGAGACCUUUCAUCCCAUCUCCGCAAAUACCAGCUGGGCCCCCGGCUUCCAGCGCGCCACUAUACAGGCACCAGGUGGCCAACCCUCAAGAGUUGUACCAGAGGCAGCAAUCCGAGACACAGUUCCAGAGCUCACAGCAGCUGUUCGCGCAACAGCAGCAGCUGCAGCAGAGCCAGCUACAGAGGGACCGUGCCGCAGCACGAGCGCAGGCGCAGCACCUGGCCCAGAAUCAACCCGCACAGAGCCAGUCGGCUCCACGACCCGCUCCGCAAUACUACUACGUGGCUCCUCGCGGGGAAUCGCCGUCCUCGGGUCAGAUCGACGCCUUCCUGCGGGGACACGGCAUCCAGUUCUAGUUGCUUAGUGUAUGAACUGUUACAGCUAGCGAUCGAUUUAGUCCGAAAUGGCCAUAACGAAUCACAAGUCAGAUGUCAUCGGUCGCUCGGUUGUUGUGUGGUUGCACGUGUUUAGUUGUGGGGACAGUGGCUGCCGCAUUUGUACAUAUUACUCUGUGUCUUCUGUACCUUAUCGUAAUGUCGGUCAUUAUUAACUGAGUACUGUUUAGUGUAGAGUUAUUACUACAAAGCACAUGGAUAGUCUGAUAUCACAAGUAUAUCACUAUCACAUAUCGAUAUAUUUUUUUACGAUUAGCACACUAAUACCACUUUAAUGGACAGAUUUUGUGUAAAAGAGUCCGAUAGUUGUAUAAGAUGUCUCAGUUAAUAAUGUGACGGCUGUACUUAGUAAAGUUUAGUUGUAAGUUUGUAAUGUUACGAACGAAACAUUUUGUACAUGAGUCUCCGAUAGUUCCGUGUGGGACGCUGUGUAAAAAAAAUUGCAAUAGUAAUUUGUAAUAAUUCU